AGCACAUCUUCCACAGUACAAAGGAAUGGUGUGAACCGUUGAGCAAACUUAUAUCUUCCGUGCUCGCCCGCCUUUUCCCUCUUUCUGUUUCUUCACUCAUCAGUCCUCCUCCAUUCCACAUUCGAAUCUCACAAUGACCUCCGCCGUCAGCUUACCCAUCAAUGUCCAGCCCUGGCUCAAGUAUACCGCCACGACCGUCGGUCGUGACAAGAUCUACAGAGCCGUCCAGUAUUUCUCCCGCUUCCUCGCCUGGUACCUUCUCCGCCAGGGCGCCACCAAGGAGACCGUCGCCCGCUUCAACAACCUCAAGAAGACCCUCGGUCUGUCUCGCAAGCUGAUGCGCUUCGGCAAGCCCAUUGAGCACCUGGAGAACGCUGCCAAGGCCACCUCUGUUGCGGACGACUUCCUGAGAUACUGCACCAUCGGCAAGCAAUUGGCAUAUGCUGGCUACUUGACCCUUGAUGGUAUCAUCUUUAUCGAUGGAUCGGGAGCAUACAAGUUCAAGAACAUCAAGAAGUACAGCGAGCUCGCCAGCCGAUUCUGGUUGGCCGGUAUCGUUUUUGGCUUCGUCAGCGGUCUCUACAAGACUCGCCAGAUCCAGAUCCGUCGCGAGUCUGCUGCCCGCGGUCUUGCUCACAGCGGCGAGGCCGAGAAGUCGAAGGCACGCACCGACCUCAAGAGUCUUGCCAAGGAGCAACACAGCGUCAACAAGCAGCUCCUUCAGGAUGGUUUGGAUAUGCUCAUCCCUGCCACUGGCUUGGGAUACCUCAACUUGGACGAUGGUGCUGUUGGUCUCAUUGGUACGGCCACUGCUAUCAUGGGUGCUCAGACCCAGUGGCGCAAGGUCAACAAGGCAUAAGUUGUGUCGCGCACCACGGAAUGAAAAAUGGCAAACGGCAGGAUAUAGAUGUAGAUGUCGAUGUAGAGCGAGCAAUGGAUUCAUUUGUCUCGCAAUCACAGGGAAAGCGUACGUUCAGUCGUGCGCAGAUUCUGAAAAGACUGAACGUAAUAAAGAUAUUUUUUCUGAAA